UCGACUGCGUUGUCGGUCGCCAUGAUCAUGGUCCUUUGUUAGUGAUGAUCCAACUCUGACAAGUACCUGCCUUGUGUGUCUGUUCAAGCGUUAGGAACCUACUCCCUUAAAAACAGUCUAAAAAUCACCAUUAACACCGAUUUUUUUUAAAAAAUCGUUCCACAAGGCUUGCGUAUGUGUUGGUUUGCUUCAAGGACCGCGAUCUUAUAGAAUUGUUUACCUCGUCAUUACGAUAAACACUACAAUGAAAAGUUGCUCAAAGACAAGGUAAAAAAACACGACUCGUGCAGUUGUACAUUAUGGCGAACAAUACGACGGAGCAUAUCUUAAACAGACUUGUCUACAACAAACAUCCAGUAAGCGUGACAGUAGUAGAGAUUCUUGCACUGGUAGGUGUUGUAAUAUGGGCAGCCGGUUAUCGCCUCAUCAAGCCAUGUAUGUUUCUUGCUGCUUUUGCUUUAUCGUUUUUGAUAUUUUACGUCGUCAGUCCAAUGAUAUUUAAAACACAAUUAUGCUGUGGGCCACGGGGCAAAGAAUGGGUGCAUCUUCUUAUCAGUGGUGUUGUAGGGGUAUUUGGUGGGUUCCUUGGUUGUAGGCUUUAUCGUCUAGGGGUAUUCACCAUAGGCGAGUGUUUAGGUUUGAUCGUAGCUUUGACGAUUCUUAGUACACCUUUAUAUGUCUAUUUCAAAAGUAACGCUACAUAUGGGUGCUUUAUGGCAACAAUAUCGUUAAUCUUUGGCUCCUUGGCACAUUUUAUCGAAAAACCAGUCCUGGUUCUAUCAACUGCGUCAUCAGGGUCGUUUUGCUUUCUUUAUGGAGUUGAUUAUUUCUUGCGUUCGAGUUUCUCCGUUACAGUAGAGAGUUUUCUUCUUCGUAUCAAAGAUGUAGUAGAAGAUGGAGUCAAGUCAGAGCUUAGUAAUUGGACAUACAGAGCGCACGUGCCUGAUCACAUGGCUGUACGAUUCACCCCUGACGCUGUCCCAAUGUUCAUUGCAUGGGUAGUCAGUAUCGCUAUAGGAUCUGCGAUACAGUAYAAAGUGACCGCUAAAAACAUUGACAGUAAAUCAGGUUUGACUGAUUUCUGUAGAUGUUGUCGAGGUCCUCAGCCUGACAGGUGAAAUCRCAAACAGCAACCUCAUGUGCUGAGAAGAGCACAGGUAAUGUAACCAUGCAAUGGCAAUGAAACAUGAAAGGACUUUCCAUCCACAUAUCCAUGCUCCAAACUACAAUGGCCACAAAAGAGAUCAUAACAGAAGACAAAAAAWUCCAAACCAACCAACUUCUCAAAAUAUGAAGAACAAUAAUAUUGACAUCUAACCAGCGUAAUGUUUGGGUGCAUUGCAGGUUAUUUACAUCCAGAGAACAUUAUUUUUUUAAGUCAAAUGCUGAGCAUUU